UACAUUUUUUUAAAUUUUUAUAAGAAAAAGCAAACAAAUAUCGCGACAGUCAUGGACAAUACGUUAAGACUCCAUUUGCAAAGAAUGGCUCAGAUUAACCCAACGAUGCCGACAUCACCCCAACAACAGAUGAAACCUACUUUAUUUAAGCCUCAGAGGGAUCAGAAUUUUCCCAAAUGCAAGUGCUACCAAGUGAUAUAUCGGAAGCAGAAACCCCAAAAAGAAAGGGUUCAAAUCAUCUAUCUAGGUCGUAACCCCUACGAGGAGGGCUAGGAAUCAACUGCCUAAAGUCAUUACUCAAAGUCGAUAAUCCAAAUUUGAAGUUGAGAAAAAUUUCAUGCGUAAUUUAAAGUAUCUAACUAACUGCUAGCAACACGUGGUGUCCUAUCAAUAUUAUGUUUAGUCUCAGGCGCGGCAUUGCCUCAGCAACCGCUGAAGGUCUUCGAAAGAUUUCCCCCAACCUUGGUCAGUAUGCCCAUCCUCUUCUGUCUUGGUGUUCACAUCAUCCGCGGGAAAACAACGUGGUGAAAAACCAGGGAGCAAGUAAUAAGUGCAAGAAUUACUUGAAACUUAUCGAAGAUCCCGAACUGCCCAAGUUAAUAGGGCUCUAUCAGAGAGUUUGUCGAAAUUUUCCUAAAAAAAAUGUUGAUUCGGUCAGACUUAAGAGGACUGAGUUAGAUAUUCCGCCAAGAAAGUCGUGGGAAAAACGAUAUACUCCCGAAUAUAUUGCAGAUUUCCCAAAUCAAGCGCGAUUAGCAUCUACAAAAAUUCCAGAUAAAAGUCCAAUCAAAACGAGAAGUAAUUUUGGGCAUUCUAAAAAGUCAAUAAGCCCUCCAUUAAAUAAGUCUCCUGAAGAGCUAGAGAAAGAAAAACGAAAGAAGAAGUCUAAAAAACAUAGUUUAAGUCCAAAGAUUUUCUCAAAAACAGAAGCAAAAAAUCCGGUAAAAAGUAAAAAGAAAUCUAUGAAAAGUUCGCAACCUCCAAAAAAACAUCGUCACAAAUCAAUGAAGGACUUGGAUUCGGCGGAUAUGUUCUUGGAAAAGCUGAAGGGCAAGAAGUUAAGAAACUUAAAAUCUAUGAAAUCUAUAAAAUCCCAAUCAUAUUUUACCAAGAAAUCGAAAACUCAUUUUAAUAAUGCCCAGCAAUCACACUUUAGAACAGGCUUCAAGCGUGGCACCUUUCUAUCUUACGCUAGUCGAGAUAGUAGUAGGAGAAGAAAAACAAGUUCAGAUGUACUUAAGUACCCGCCAGUGAAAUAUUUUUCAUCCAAUCAAAUCUAUACAAGUGACAUUUCUAAUUCAUCAAUAGAAGAAAUUAUACCUACAAAGGAAGAGGUGGUAAAGCGUGCCAGUUUACCAUUAAAUCAAACUCAGCCAGUGCAGAAUAUACCAGUAGAAGAAGCUAAACCUGCCAAGGAAGAGUUGGACAAGCCUACCAGUUUACCAUUGCAGAAUAUAUUAGUCGAAGAUGUUAAACCUAUGGAGAAUGAUAUAGCCAAUUUAACACUAAAGGAAACUCCACCCUUGUCGCAUAUAGAAGACGAAGAUGAUGUACCUUUAGAGGAAGAGUUGGAUACUUUCAGUUUUCCAUCGAAUGAAGCUCAACUUUUGCAGAGCUUAUCCUCUUUAUUCAUGCUGCCAAAGAGUAAUCUUAGCUAUGCCAUACCUGGACCGAUCGAGCAAUAUACAUUUGCUCCCAUCGAUAUAGAGAAGCACAAAUUUGAUUUUCUAUCCUUGCAUGAUCUAAAACCUGUUGUUGUCAGAAGUGGAAUAGCCAAAAAACUUUGGAAACAAACUUUUGAGGCCAUGAAGAGCAAUGCAAGGAAAGAUAAUCUUAAUAGUGAAUCGAACAGUGCCCAACCUCCAGCAGCGACUAAGAGAUUGAAGAGGAAAAUCCGCAAACUGAAAGCUUGUAGUGUGAAAUGCUUUAAAUACCAUUCCUUUAACUUUGAUGUGUAUCCCAGGAAAAAGCGUAGAGGAAAAACGGCGGCCUGUCAAACGGAAGUCAUUCGGAAUAAAUGUGUGAUUUGUGAUUUCUGUCGACCGAGCAGCCAACCCGAUGAGCCAUUCAUGGUCGAGAUGAAGAAGCGUCAGGAUCGCGAGGAACUUAAGAGGUACUAUUUAAGGAUGGUUGAAAGGCAGAAAGAGUCGUUUACAGAGAAAAUUUCUAAUUCGAAACAGAGUUUUAAGCUAUCAGAACUUAAGAACAGUUCAAGUUGUAAGUUACUGGGACAUAAAACUCGUUGCAAGUCGAGUCUGGAGAAGAUGCGCCACCAAUUGGAGCAAUGUCAGAAUAUGUUGAGCCUAUGUGGCCGCCUUGUCGAAGAUCGCUUGCUACUUUCCAGGAAAGAAAUCAAAAUCAAAGAUUGCCGCGGUGGCUUAGGUGUAGGCCCUCGACCAAGUCUGAAGCGAACUGAGUUGGUUUAGGGCCCGAAAGAUGCCUGAGAACAUGAUGUUUGAUUCCAUGCCCAUUCAGUUUGGGUUUUUACUACGUGUUUGUAUGGGACAAGGUGGUUUCUGCUAAUAAAAGUAAAUAAUUGUUUGAUUUUAAGUGUCAUUUGUUUUACUUAUAAAGGUUUGGGAAUGCAGAUAAAC